CUCUACCGGAAGUGUCAUGGCGUCUUUUGUCUAAUAAUAAAAUUUCGCAAACAAAUAUCUUAAUUUAGAGGUUUAAUAAUGAUUAAAGCAAUAUUGGUUUUUAAUAAUCACGGAAAGCCACGUUUAUCAAAAUUUUACCAAUACUAUGCAGAAGAUGUCCAGCAUCAGAUUAUAAGAGAAACUUUUCAUCUAGUUUCUAAACGAGAUGACAGCGUUUGUAAUUUUCUGGAAGGUGGAACAUUGAUUGGAGGAUCAGACUAUAAACUUAUCUAUCGUCACUAUGCUACACUCUACUUUGUAUUUUGUGUUGAUUCUUCUGAAAGUGAGCUGGGGAUACUAGAUCUUAUCCAGGUGUUUGUGGAGACUUUGGAUAAGUGCUUCGAAAAUGUAUGUGAACUGGACUUAAUUUUUCACGUUGAUAAAGUACAUUACAUUCUAUCUGAGCUGGUUAUGGGGGGUAUGGUGCUGGAAACAAACAUGACAGAGAUCAUCACACGCAUUGAGGAACAAAACAAACUGGAGAAACAAGAGACUAGAGCUCAUCUGGUGGGAGUUGUGCACAAAAUUGGGGGAAAUGCUGGCAUUUAUGGUCAAACAGAUGACCUUGAACUUGAUGGCAUCCAGGGUCAACAGAAACACCAGUCUAUCUUUCUACCUAAAGGUGUGAGGUUCUAAGGCUGGGAUAUCAGCAGCACCUGCCAGGGCGGUCUCCGCAGUCAAGGAAAUGAACAUUCCACAAAAAAUUAAAGACAUUAAACUACCAGACCUGCCCAGCAUAGGCAACCUCAAGUUUUAGACUGCCUCAUCACACCUCGCUUGUUGCCCUAUGUACUCAACUUUAGAGCUCAGCUCUAGUUGUCAUUUGGCUAGUGACAUCUUGUAGAGUGAAAGUCUAACGUAUGUUCAUAGUCAGAUCUUGUAGAGUGAAAGUCUAACGUAUGUUCAUAGUCUGAUCUUGUGAGAUGAAAGUCUAACGUAUGUUCAUAGUCUGAUCUUGUGAGAUGAAUGUUUAUGUUCAUAGUCAGAUCAUGUGAGAUGAAAGUUUAAUGUAUGUUCAUAGUCAGAUCUUGUGAGAUGAAAGUUUAUGUUCAUAGUCAGAUCUUGUGAGAUGAAAGUCUAACGUAUGUUCAUAGUCUGAUCUUGUGAGAUGAAAGUCUAACGUAUGUUCAUAGUCUGAUCUUGUGAGGUGAAUGUUUAUGUUCAUAGUCUGAUCUUGUGGGAUGAAAGUUUAAUGUAUGUUCAUAGUCUGAUCUUGUGAGAUGAAUGUUUAUGUUCAUAGUCAGAUCUUGUGAGAUGAAAGUUUAUGUUCAUAGUCAGAUCUUGUGAGAUGAAAGUUUAUGUUCAUAGUCAGAUCUUGUGAGAUGAAAGUCUAAUGUAUGUUCAUAGUCUGAUCUUGUGAGAUUAAUGUUUAUGUUCAUAGUCAGAUCUUGUGAGAUGAAAAUUUAAUGUAUGUUCAUAGUCUGAUCUUGUGAGAUGAAUGUUUAUGUUCAUAGUCAGAUCUUGUGAGAUGAAAGUUUAAUGUAUUUUCAUAAUCUGAUCUUGUGAGAUGAAAGUUUAUGUUCAUAGUCUGAUCUUGUGAGAUGAAAGUUUAACGUAUGUUCAUAGUCAGAUCUUGUGAGAUGAAAGUUUAAUGUAUGUUCAUAGUCUGAUCUUUGUGAGAUGAAUGUUUAUGUUCAUAGUCAGAUCUUGUGAGAUGAAAGUUUAAUGUAUGUUCAUAGUCAGAUCUUGUGAGAUGAAAGUUUAAUGUAUGUUCAUAGUCUGAUCUUGUGAGAUGAAAGUUUAAUGUAUGUUCAUAGUCUGAUCUUGUGAGAUUAAAUUAACUUAAGUUCAUAGUCAGAUCUUGUGAGAUGAAAGUUUAAUGUAUGUUCAUAGUCUGAUCUUGUGAGAUGAAAGUUUAAUGUAUGUUCAUAGUCUGAUCUUGUGAGAUGAAAGUUUAAUGUAUGUUCAUAGUCUGAUCUUGUGAGAUGAAAGUUUAAUGUAUGUUCAUAGUCUGAUCUUGUGAGAUUAAAUUAACUUAUGUUCAUAGUCA